CUUUGGAGACUGUUUUAUCCUUAGCAAGUGUAAUCAAUAUUUGAAUAGACACAUUUCAAGUUUUAUUAGGGACCUGUAAGAAGUACAGGUCCCUCUUUAUGUGAGUAGUUUAUUGAAUUUUAAACAAUGGAGGUCACAAACGGUCUUCUAUCCAGUCUUGUGCAGACGAAGUCGAUAGAAAGAGUUUUGGCACCAAUCGCAUCACAGGUUUCUUUGUUAAUCAUUUUGGAUGAGUCUGAUAAUGGAGUUGGUAAACCAGAUCAUAUGGGUCCUUGUGCACAGGCUGUGAUGAAAGCAGCAGAAAACCUCAUCAAGAUAGGCAAAGAGAGGGCAAACAACUCACCAGAUCAGGAUUACCAAAGACAGAUGAUGAGUGCAUGUGAAAUUCUAGAUUUAGCUAGCAGCGGUUUAUACAUAGCCUCACAAAGACUUGAUGAUGAUGCCUCCAAAGAAAUUCGCACUAAAGUCAUCAAUGCUUCCAAAGAUGUUUUACAGGGCACAAUGAAGGUUUUGCUUGUCUCUGAUGAUGCGGAGGUUAGAAAAGUGGUCAGUGCUGGUCACUUAGUGACAGAAUGCCUUUCAAGACUAAGCAUGGUUCAUAGCAUGCAAGAUCUGCUUGCAAAUUUCAAGAGCUUCACUGAUGGAGCAGCUCUUCUUUGCUCGUUGGCUCAAAGGCGACAGGCAGAAUUGUGUCAGAAUCGACAGAGAGAAAGGAUUAUAACAGCCCUCAGUCUGUUGAAGAAAUCUAUUCCUUCCCUAAGUGUGGCACUCCAAAGUUAUAUCAAAUACACCAAAAAUCAGCAAGCACAGAUGAGCAAAUCAUUCGUGAUUAACCAAGCUCAGUCUGCAGUGUCUGAUAUAGUGGAGGCAGUGGAGAACAAGUUUACAGAUGAAGAUUACCUCGACGUGGAGGAACCUGGCUACUUUGUUACAAAGAUAGAUCAGGUGCUGGAAGCUUUAUCUGUGGAGAAGCGGUUUGAACUGGAUGAUGACCUAGAGACGUGGACAGAGAAUCUGGUCAGACACAGCAUGCUGGUGGCCCACCUGUGCUUGGACCAUUACAGAAAUAUCAUUGUCAAAACCUGUCAGAGGGUGUUGCAGCUGAAAAGCAGAGUUCUUCAGCUGAAUAACUCCAUGAUCAGUAAUCCAGAACUUCCCGCUAUCAGGGAGGACUAUGAAGAAUGCUGUGAAAAUUACAUUGAUGAAUUUUGUGAACUUGAAAAGGAUGUAAACCUGGCCUUAUUGAACUUGGUGGUGGAUGUGUUCAAAGAAACCACUGAACCACUGGAGAGACUGGUGAAGGCAGCCAUGUAUUCCACACAGGAAAAAGGAUUUGAAAAGCACAUGAAGGAUUUAGUUACAGAUUUUCAAGCACAUGCAGAUAAAAUGGGACAGAUUGCAAGUUUUGCUGCAGCUAGCUCCACUGAUGCCAAACGUGUUAGAACCAUUCGGAGAUGUGUCUGUCACUUAGAGAGACUUGAUCCAGAUAUUGUGCCUGCUGUGGUUGCUAUGGCCAAGAAGUCUCAGGACAAGAUGGCUGUUAGGCACGUUAAACUACUAAUGAAAGAAUGGACUUUUGAAUUGACUUCUCUGAUGCAAGUUCUAGAUGAAAUGACUGACCCAAGAAUAUUCAUGCAAGUCUCUGAAUCUAGGAUUCAGGAGGAUAUAUCUGUGUGCCAUGGAUAUCUGGAGGAUGGAGAUGAGUUCAAUUUAGGGUCAGCUGUGAAAUCUGUAGUAGGCAGAGCCAGAAGGGUUUGUCAGAUGGCUGAGAGAAUCAUUGGUGGACACAAGGACCCUCUGUACAGAAAUGGACUUCUGGUGUUUGUCAAACAACUGCAGAAAGCUGUGAAUGGAUUGAGAGCUGCCAACAGUAAUCUUGUGUCAGACAGAGGCAACAGAGCUUUUGCUGAGACAUUUCAGAAGCGAUUGGAGCAGGUUCUUGACAGAGUACAACAGGUCACAUCAGGUUUAUCUGAGGACAACCACCCCAGCAUUCUUAGUCCACAGCGCAAAAAUCUCAGACAGACAGCUAUGUCACACUCAAAUAUAUACAAAAAGUCUUCAAAAAGUAGCCUCUUGUCCUCUAAAGCAAGUCUACAAGAUCAUUCGACCACAACUGAUCACCCAGAUAAAUCUUCCAGAUCUAGUUUGCAUGACCAAUCUUCCAGAUCUGGCCUCCAUAACAGGUCAUCCAGAACAACUGUAGGAUUUCCAUCACUCCAUUUAUCUUCCACAGAAGACACUGAUGUUUUCCUUGACAAUUCCGUUGAGAAUCCAAUUCAGAAAUCCAGAUAUUCAAGCCAACAUUCUAGUCACCAAAUGUCUUCCUCAAAUGAUAGGCAGCACAAAGUCUUCCAGCAUUUUUCAGAAACAGAGAAUUUAGGCGGGAUGAGCAUAGCGAGGAAAAUAUCGGAAGGUCUUACUUGUGCUGUGCAGAAAAUAAACAAGCACAGAUCCAAUCUGUUGUGUGGAGAAUUGUUAGCCUGGACCAACCAUAUUGUAGACAUGGCAAAACACAUAGGCCCUUACUGCUUAGGCACAAAGCAAAAAAGCAUUAGGAGUCUUUGUCAUGAAACUGACCUCUUGGCAUCAGAAAUCAUAGAUCAAACUAAGUCAGUCCUGGCUGGAGAUGCAGAUCAGAUGGAUGAGCUAAAUGAACAUUGUCUGAAUUGGAAAACUAAGGCAGAGAAAUUACAGAUAUGUGUCGAUGCUACUGUUGACACAUACAAGGUGGUCCCUGACGCUCUGAUAGAGGCACUUAGUGAGCAAAACCUAGUGCUAGCAAAGGAAGAGUUGGAUUGUCUCAAGACUCACUAUUCCUGUGUGGGUGAUGUUGUGCUGAUAACACAAGGUUUAGUCUGUACCGACCAGGCUCCAUUGGGGCACUGUCAGGACCUCGCGGAAGAGCUAGAGAACAUCACUAUUACCAUUACCACAACCGCUGAAAUGAGCUCACAAAGAUUGAGUGACGAGGAUAUUAAUCAGCUUGACCAGCUAGGAAGAGAGUGGGCUGUCAUGAUGUUCUGUAUUCUCUCUGAUCUGGACACCAUUGUAGAGGAAGUGAGCAAAAUGGGAAUAGAAAGGAAGGUGUGGUCUACACAGGAUAUGACAUCGUUAGAACAAGAGGAUAUCAUUGCACAUGUUGAGCAAGAGAACAAAAGGUUGAGAGACAUUCUUCAUGGGGCAUGUAUCGGCAAUGAAUCUAAAGCCAAAGCGGCACAGGACCUUUGUCAUUGUAUGAGUGAACUCCUUGACAAGCUGAGAUCUGAGAUGGCUCGGCGAGUCACGAGCUGUCAAAGAGCCUUCAUGGUGUCUAAAUCCUAUGUUCCUCUCAGAAUUCGAAUGGCCAGUAUGUGUUGGAUUGUAAAGGCUGUUUGUUGUGUGAAUAUGAUACAGGAGCAGAUCUCUGUGUACUUCAAACCAGUAAUGUCACUUACUGAUAGAGGAGUUGGUGCCAGAACAAUGCCAGAAGGAAAGCAGAGAAUGAUCCAGAUUUCUGAGUUGCAGCUUGAGAUCAGCAGAUUUAGUGAGAAGCUUGUAAAAAUGAGACAGAGAGUGCAAAGUUGCAUCCAGUUAUCCACAAAUCUAGAGAAAAGGGCGGCUGUCCGGAGGUGUCUUGAUCAGGUGACAGAAUCCUCGCCAAGACUUAUCCAAGUCAUCAAGUCCUUGACAGAUGAUGAGCAUACAGUGACUGAGACAAUGGUAGAAGUGGAUAGACAGAAGUUACUGUGGGCUUCACAGAUACGAGAGUUGAUGGUCAACCUCAGGCAGAUGUCAGACAUUAAACCAAAUCUAGUUGCAGAACUUCAUAACUUGAUGGGUGUCUUGGAUAUGACAGAAAAACUCUCUGCUGACAGUGAGACAGAGACUCUUGCAGGAAAUCACCGCCCAUCUGGAUCUCUUGAGGGUGGCAAGUAUGGAUCAUCACAGAUUCAACCAAUGAAAUUUGGCUUGCCAUCAGUACAUGAAGAACUGCUGCUAGUGACAAGAGAAAAAGAUCUGGAAACUAAUGUUGGAACAUUUAGCAGAAAUCGAAGAAAAGACAACUCAAAAUCUCCUUAUAAGCCAUCUGCAUCAAUUCUGGAUGCUGCAAGAUUUCUUCAAAAAGAAGCUGAUAAAUGGGAAGAUGAAAACAACCCUAUUGUUCAGGUUGCCAAGGAAAUGUCUUUACAGAUGGAACAGAUGGCAGAAUUUUGUAAGGGGGAUGGACCUGUUGGGAAUCAUCAGGAUGUUGUAAGAGUUGCCUUGGCCAUUGCUGAUAAUGGAAGAAAAAUGAAACAAUUUACAGAUGUGCUUGCUAAACACUGUGUAGAUCAAAGAUGUGGUAAAGACCUUCAGUACUAUUCCAGCCAGAUCCCUUCACUUAGUAAACAACUGACUAUUUUAGCCAAUGUGCAGAUGGGCUCACAGGAUGACAACAGACUUGGCCCUGAUGAGGCGGACAGGAUAUUGGUGCAGAAUGCUCGAAAUCUAAUGACUGUUGUUCUGAAAGCCAUGACAGCUGCGGAGGCAGUCUGUGUUAAGGGAUUAUUCUCACCAGACUCCGGUGAUAACGAUGAGGUGUGUGCUGUUAUUCUUGCGACACAAUGGCGUCGUCGUCUGCACCACUACCGUAAAAUGGAGGCGAAGGAAGCCAUUAUUGACGAGCUGGGACUCAGAAGAACAGAGGAACACCGACCGCCAAAACUUACUCAGAUAUUUCAGUAGGAAAUUGUACGCUCAUCGUGAAGCGAUAUAUAAAAUAUUUUAUUUACAUGAGCAAAUUUGCUUUUAAAUAUGUUUUCUCUUCAAUUUUUUUUUCACUUGAAGAAAAUUUGACGAAACAUUAUUUAAACGAACGUUUGUCAAAAAUCAUACUCCUUUAUCGAUAUUUUAUUUUUGUAUAAUGAUGUCCGAUACAAUUUAUUUUUACUCACUUGCUAUUACUCCAUUUCAAAAUACAAUCAUAACUCAGACUUUUUGCAUCUUAGUCAUAGAUACCGGGUAUUUCUUUUAAAACAUUUGUCGUAACGUUUUUUUUUAAAUGAAAGUUUUUAUAUUAUCUUGAAACUUCUAAGACUGUUCACUUGCAUGUUUUCGUAAACUCUUUCUGAACCUCGCAUAUCUCAUGAUUUUUAUGUUCCUACAAAAAGAAUUUAUUCUUAAUCAUUUUGUUAAAACUAAGUAAGGAAUAUAAACCUUCGUUUAGUUGUUAAAUGACAGUUGUUGUUUUACAUAUAUAUUUUAAAUAUACAUAUUAAGAAUAUUUGGAAAAUGAAAACGAUUGCAGGAAGAUUUUUUUUUAAUUUUUUUUUUUAAAAUUUUAUUUAUUAUUUAACUGCAAUAAAUUUCGUAUCCAUCGGGAGCUUUAGGUUAUAUAAACAACCGUUUUAUAUAUCUUUAUCUUUUACAUAGAGAAUUAUUUACUACAAUUUCAAUAUGUGAGAAAAAGCACAAGUACCCGUAUAACAAUUUAGCUGCUCAUUUUUCUUGUUUCUGCAGAGUUUCCAAAUUAACUAUUGAAAAAAUAUACAACUUUUUAACUCAGUGUUUUUACCUUGUUUAUGUUUAAAUGAUAUUAUUUACAAAUAUGUUUAUGAAAUCAAUUUGUAGCAAAAAAAAUUUAUAACCGUGCAAUAAUAAUUGUAAGAUGUUUGAUAUUUUCAUUAAUUCAUGUAUUCGUUUUAACUUUUACUUUUCGUGUUUAUCCUAAUCUACUAUUAUGUAUUUAUGACUAUAAAAAUUAUAAAUACAAAUAAAAAAUGGUUAUCUGGUUAUAUAUACAUAUCCAUGA